AUGAGACGGGGAGGGUACUGUGACUUCAAUCAGGAUUGCAGCGAUGGCAGCGACGAGGGCGAGGAGGAGUGCAGCGAGCUGUACAAGCAGGGGUACUGCCAGAGACAAGGAAUGGUGAGUGUGGCAUGUGGCAUGACCGACCUGUGUGACGGCGAGGAGCACUGCCUGGGAGGCUGGGACGAGGCAAACUGCUUGCCCCACCCGUGCCCCCCCGGUUGGCUCAAAUGCCCCAAGACUGGUUACUGCACGCCUGCUGGUAACCUGUGUGAUGGGGUUACGGACUGCUUCGCCACUCCCGAGCCUGAGGACGAGGACCCGGACCUGUGCCGAGCCUAUGCGUGCCCGGAGGGUUGGAGGAAGUGUGCAGAUGGGGAGCAGUGCGUGCAGCAGGGGCGGUGGUGCGACGGGCUGGUGGACUGCGCUGGUCCUUCCUCCCUCCCUCGUUUCCAGCCAACUUCCCCAUGCAUGCCCCAUCACACUGCCCUCCCUGCCACGCAGAUGGGAGUGACGAAGGGGCUUACAGAAAAGUUAACUGCCAAGGCUCAGCUAGUUGCAGAGGCGAAAGCAGAGCGGGCUUUGAAGAAAGCUGCUAAGGAAGCAAGGAGGAGGAAGAAGGAAGAGGUUGCAGCGGCCAAGGCAGCCAAGAGGCUUCGUAAGGCCAGAAAAGAAGCUGCUAUUGAAGAAAGGGAGGAGAGACUGGCAGCAAUGAAGGCUAGGCUUCAGCAGGACUACGAGCGGCGACGCGGGGAGAUGGAGCAGCUGCAGCAACAGCUCAAGGAGGUCGCUGCGCACAACGAGUCCCUCCGCAGGGAGAUCUCCUCCAAUGACGCGCGGGCGCGCGAGACGGAGGCGCAGCUACGCGCGCAGAUGCAGGCGGAACGGUCAGAGUUGGAACGAGGCGCCGCCGUCGCUUCCGCGCGCGCGGCUUCCGACCUUCGCGCGGCUCUCUCCGCGCGAGACGAGGCGUUUUCUCGCGAGCGCGCGGGGCUCGCGCAGCAGCUGGCGGACCUGCGGCGGGAGCUUCAGGCGGAACGGGAGAAAGAGCACCCGUGCUUCACAUGCGCGGAGCGCGCCUGGAGGGACGAGGAGGAGGCGGAGGAAGCGGAGAGGCGGAGGCGCAGCGAGGCGGAAGUUGCGCGCUGGCAGCAGGCGGCGGGGCUUGCAGCGGCGGGACUCGUUAUAGAAAGCGCCGCUAAGGAGUUUCUUUUAGACCGAGUAGACGAUCUGGAGCGAUCCGAAGUCGAGAUGGAGCAAGAGCGGCUCGAGAGCGAGAGGGCGGAGCGGGAGGAAGGUAGGCGGGAAGGGGAAGCGCGCGCUCGUGCGGAAGCGGAGAGCCAGCGGCAGCGGAUCUUGGCGCAAUGGGCGGAGGAGCGGGAUGCGUGGGAGCGGCGCACGGCGGAAAAAGACCAGGAAGUUGCGCGACUGGUGGCGGAGAAGGCGGAGGUAGAGAUUAAGUUGCGGGGCGCGGAGGCGGAGGUAGAGAGACUUAAAGCGGAGGCGGCGGCGCAGCAGCGCGUGGUGGAGAACCUCACGCGCGACCGCCACAUGCUCGCGCGCAAGUCGGAGGAUCUUUCCGCGCGCGCGGCGGCGGCGCAGAGACGCGCUGAUUUGGCGGAGGAGGCGGCGGAGGUAGCGGAGGCGCAGGCGGAGGACGAGCGCGACCUGGCGGCGUCGCUGCAGCGCGAGUUGCAGAUGCUGAAGGCGAAGUUCCUGCACCAGGAGGCGGAGAAAGAGAAACUGGAGAUGGACGUGGCAGAGGCGCGCGACCAGCUGAGUGUGAUGGAAGAGCAGGAAGCCAAUAAUUACCCUCCCUUUUUUCCCCGCAGCCCUUCUCACCCUGUCGUUUCAUACCCUUCUCUCCGCAACUCCUCCCCUCUCUGGCUGGAUUGCUGCAGGGAGAUGGACGUGGCAGAGGCACGAGACCAGCUGAGUGUGGUGGAGGAGCAGGAUGCGAUAGUGAGGAAGAACCUGCGGAAGGCAGAGGAGGAGGUGAGAGGUUCUUUGAUGGCAGUGAGACCUGUACCCACUGGUGCAAGGUGGGAGGAAGAGCAGGUGAAGGCCACGCGGGGGAGGUGGGAUUCCUGUGGCGUAUCUCCUUCCCCACAACAGCUGGAUGUGUUGGUGGACGAGUGUGGGGGGAUGCAACGGUUACACAUGUACCCACUCCUCUUUCCCGCACCCCUACCUUCCCCACAACAGCUUGAUGUGCUGGUGGACGAGUGUGCGGAGAUGAGGCGCAUACUGCGGCUGACAGUGCAGGCGUUUGAAUACCAUAAGGACUCCAUCCUGCACCUCCCGGGGCACUGCACGCAUCCUUAUCGCCUCAUUGGCAGCACACGCCUAGUUGCAGAGUGUGAUGGCUCAUGCGCGCUCUCUCCCUGCUCCCCACACACCAUCCGUCAGAUGAAGAAUCUGUCAGCCGAGCUUGUGACAGCGGCGGCAGAGUUUGAGGAUGAGGAGCGGACUGAUGGAGAUGACAGCGUGGCAGGAGGCAGUUGA